AUGUCUGAUCAAGACAAAUCGGCACUUGACGCCAAUAAGGGCUCCAUCGGGUCUCAAUUCAAACCUGAAGGAUCAAUCGGACAAAUGGGAGAAAAGGCUGGUGGUCCUCUGAGCAGCGAAGGUGCUGUGGGGAAGCAAUUUACGCCACAGGGCUCAGUUGGUGGUGCUGCGCAAUCAGCCGCCGAGCAAAUGCAGGGAGACAAGAAGCCUGUUUUUGACAAGGACGGUGCAAUUGGAAAACAAUUCAGACCCGAGGGAGCCAUUGGCAGUGUCGGCGAGGCAGUUGGAGGUCCCUUCUCGGCGCAGGGCGCCAUUGGAAAACAGUUCACCGAGCAAGGAGCAGUAGGAGGGUCUAUCCAGGAGAACUUGGGCAGUGGGAAGAAGUAA